AUGCCACAUCCAAAAUAUUCACCAACUCAGUCGUUUGUAGACUCUUCCUUCUUUACGAAAUUAGCUGAGCUAAAGCUAGAUAAGUUCAAGUUAGAUUCAUCAAGUCAGCUAAUAUGUGGCUUCCAAUUGAAAGCUCAACAUUUAAACAAAUUUAAUGACACUCCGAUCGUGCAUUUAGAGGAUGACAGUUUUGCCAGUGAAGUGCCAGCUAGAGAGGACAGCUUAACAAUCAAAGGAGAAUUGAUUAAUGUCAACACCAUUGAGGAGUACAAGGAAAAGAAUAAACAAGAGCUAUUGAAGGAUUGGGGGCAACAACUAAAGGAGAAAAUAUUAAAGGCAAAGACAUUUGAUGUUGAAACCUUCAACUAUUUCUAUGUAUGGAGCUACUCGGAUUUGAAAAAAUACAAGUUUUAUUAUUGGAUGGCAUUCCCAAUAUUGGGUAGUGAAUGGACCCUCGAAGGAGAAGAACAAGUGAAUCCAGAGACAAACGAAUUGCUCAAACAAAAUGCCGUAUCCACGAGUGGUCAAUUCCUUCAACUUGAUAAUGGUAAACUCUUUGACACAGCUGAUGUCGAGAAAUCUCAUACGUUUGUAUAUUACGAUUCUUGUGUCACCUUGGAGCACAAACCUUCGAUUCAGGUUAAGAACUAUCUAUACUACCUAGCUCAACAAGGUUUUCGAAAGAUUGACUUGGUGGUGUAUAGAAAAGAAGGUUCAUUCAAGUGGACUCUUUCUCUUUCGACAGUUCCGGACCCGCUCAAAGUCACUGGGUGGGAACGUACCAGUCAGGGGAAAUUGAGUCCCAAAAUAGCCGAUUUGGGCUUGUUGAUUGAUCCAUUGGAACUUGCAAACCAAGCAGUUGAAUUGAAUCUAAAGUUGAUGAAAUGGAGGAUUGCACCGCAGCUAGAUCUUGAUAUCAUAAAAAAGCAAAAAAUCCUACUCUUAGGAGCUGGAACAUUGGGGAGUUACGUGGGGAGGACGUUGCUAGGUUGGGGGUUCAAAGACAUAACAUUUGUUGACAAUGGACGUGUUUCCUACUCAAAUCCUGUACGACAGCUGCUUUUCAAUUUCAAAGAUUGCUUCAGCGACAAUGGUCAAGGAGAAUUAAAAGCUCAAAAAGCUGCCGAUAACCUAAAAACCGUAUACCCAGGCGUUUCCGCAAAGGGUGUACGUUUGGAAGUGCCCAUGAUUGGGCAUCCUGUUACUGAUGAAGAAAAGCAGAGGGCCUCCUAUGAGCUUUUGGACACUUUGAUCUCACAGAAUGAUGUGAUCUUUUUAUUGAUGGAUUCCAGAGAGUCAAGGUGGCUUCCCACUGUUAUUGGAGCUGCCAAAGACAAGAUUGUGAUUAAUGCAGCAUUAGGGUUUGAUAGUUACUUGGUCAUGAGACACGGUAGUCCCUCGCAACUGAAAGCAGAUCGUCUAGGCUGCUACUUUUGCAAUGAUGUUGUCGCACCAGAUGACAGUCUAAGUGAUCGUACCUUAGAUCAAAUGUGUACCGUAACACGACCUGGCGGAGCAUUGAUGGCGUCCUCCUUGGCAGUAGAGUUGUUAGUGUCAAUUUUGCAACAACCUGAAAAACAUAGAGCAAGACAUGGCGAUGUCACAACUUUUGGGGCUAUACCGCAUCAGAUACGGGGGUUUUUACACAACUUUUCACAAGCUAGUUUGUAUGCACCUGGAUAUGUACAUUGUUCUGCUUGUUCCGAAAAAGUUGUAACCGAGUACAAUGACCACAAAUGGGAAUUUGUAAAGAGGUGCCUCAAUGAGCAAGGAUACUUGGAGGAGCUUUGUGGGUUGAAAAAGGUGCAAGAAGAAGCAGAGUUGGCGAUUGCAGCUAUGAAUAUUCUGGAUGUUGAAGAUGAUGAAGAUCUGGAAUGGAUUGAAUAG